UAUGACGGAGACUUCCUCGUUUUGUUCUGUCUAUCUUGGUUUUGUAUAACAAAGGGCAGAGCCAACAGCUUCUGUCCUAACGUGGAAGGUGUGGGUAAUUUAGUCACCAGUGAGCUGCACCCCCUUUCCUGAACUCAGCUGCCAGCCCGUAUUCUAAAGGGUUCUAGCAUCAGGAACUAACACUUCACAACCAUCCCCUUGACAGGGAGGCGGGAUUGCCAGUGUCCCUCCUGCCACGUGGAUCUUUCGCUGUUACCUGAAAGGUGGCCCUCACUGCGGACAGAUGGCAGAUUUCUCAGUAUUCCUGGGGUUUCUGAAGCAAGUGCCUUGGUGCAGCAGCGUCUUCUUCACCCACCUUCUCUUCCUUCAGCUGGGGGAGGUGAACUCAGAGGAGGUCAAGGUGCUGGGCCCUGGAGAAUCCAUUUUGGCCCUCGUUGGGGAAGCAGUGGAGUUCCCCUGCCACUUGUCACCGUACCGGGACGCAGAGCACAUGGAGAUCCGCUGGUUCAGGACCCAGGCCUCCAACGUGGUGUACCUGUACCAGGAGCCCCAGGGUCUCUCCAGCCCGCAGAUGGCGCAGUUCCGCAACAGGACCGUAUUCGAAGCCAACGACAUUGCGAAAGGCAGCGUGAACCUGUACCUCUUCAGCGUGGUUCCCUCCGACGAGGGCCGGUACGGGUGCCGCUUUCUUUCCGAAGACUUCUCGGGUGAAGCUACGUGGGAGCUGGAAGUAGCAGGGCUGGGCUCAGACCCACACGUCUCCCUUGAGGGCUUCGUCGAAGGAGGCAUUCAGCUGCAGUGCAGUUCCGGUGGCUGGUACCCCAAGCCGAAGGUUCAGUGGAGAGACCCCCAGGAUCAGUGCCUUCCUCCAGAGUCUGAAGCCAUCGUCAAGAAUGCCCAGGGCCUGUUCAGUCUGGAGACAUCUGUGAUUGUCCGGGAAGGGACUCAUAGCAAUGUGUCUUGUACAAUCCAGAGCCCCUUGCUGGCCCAGAAGAAAGAGUUUGUGCUCCAGAUUGCAGAUGUGUUCCUACCCAGACCGUCCCCCUGGAAGAAGGCAUUCCUGGGAACCCUGGUGGUCCUGCCGCUCAGUCUGGCUGUGCUCACCAUGCUGGCGCUGCAGUACUUCUACAAGCAGCGACUCACCCAAGAAAAGCUGAUGGAACAGGGAGAGAAGGACCGAGGAAGACUGACUGCACGGUUGGAGAAACUUCAGGCAGAGCUUGACUGGAGAAGAUCCGAAGGCCAAGCAGAGUGGAGAGCAGCCCAGCAAUACGCAGUGGACGUGACCUUGGAUCCCGCCACGGCCCACCCUAGCCUGGAGGUCUCCAAGGACCGCAAGAGCGUGUCCUCCCGCCCGGGGGAGGCCAGCACGGUGGCGGGCGACUCGCAGCGUUUCUCGGAGCAGACGUGCGUGCUGAGCCGGGAGCGCUUUCCUAGCGGCCGCCACUACUGGGAGGUGAACGUGGGCCGGCGCAGCCGCUGGUUCCUGGGCGCCUGCCUGGAGUCGGUGGAGCGCUCGGGGCCCGCGCGCCUCGGCCCCGCGGCGGGCUACUGGGUGAUGGGGCUGUGGAACGGCUGCGAGUACUUCGUGUUAGACCCGCAGCGAGUGGCGCUGUCGCCGCGCGUGCCUCCCCGGAGGGUGGGCAUCCUGCUGGACUACGAGGCGGGGAAGCUGUCCUUCUUCAACGCGUCCGACGGCUCGCACAUGUUCACCUUCGCCGACGCGUUCUCCGGGGCGCUCUGCGCCUACUUCAGGCCCCGGGCCCACGAUGGCAGCGAACACCCGGACCCCCUGACCAUCUGCUCCUUGCCGGUUAGAGGGCCACAGGUCCUCGAAGAGAGCGACGUUGACAACUGGCUACAGCCCUAUGAGCCCUUGGACCCCGCCUGGGCUGAUGACGAGGCACUGCUUGACCUCAAGGCCGGUCCGAGCAUCGCCCCAAACUAACCCUAACCCGGACAGCGCUUUGCUCUCCUGCAGCCAAAGCUGGACGGCUGGAGGACAAAGAGAGCGUUUUGGCCCGCGCAGCUGCGUGUACAUAAUUAUCUUUAAGGAGCGUGGGCAGAUAAGAGAUCAUUUGUGCUCAUAGCAGGAUUCCGGAGGAGGUGCUGUGGGAGACGGGUAAGAAAACAGAAGCUUUUGCUGAUUUGUGUAUAGUUCUGUGUGUUUCCUGUGUUUUGUGUGUAUGUGUGUGUGUUCUGCAAAAGUCUAGAAGUAAUGACAUUUCACAAGCAAUGAGUUCGACCAUGGCUCAGGUCUGAGUUGUAAAUAUCAUUUCCUGCUGAGACUAAAUGAGAGAAAUGGCCGAUUCCAGGGCUGGGGUAGAGAAAGCCCAAAGCUUGGACCAUUUUGUGCUAUAAAGAAAAAGUCAGUCUUCAGAAACCGACGGGAUGCUGCACGGUUCAGAUCUGCUGUGCAAAAUGGGUGGCGUGGUCAGUAACACUUUAAAACGGGAGUAGAUGUUACGAGGUCUCGCCAUGGGGAAAAAAAAAAGGAGGUGAGGUAUUUAUAUAUGCCAGUUGACCUUGCUUUAGCUAUGCCGGAAUGCACACAGGUAUCAGAACGUGCUGUCCACCAUAAAUACACACAGUUUUUGUCUGUCAAUUAAAAUAAGUGAAUAAACAUGAAUGUUAAAAGAAUAAAAGCAAAAAUACAUAGCUACA